UCUUAUUUUAAAAGAUUAUUUCAUUUCUUAAUGUUUCCUUUCUGCUAGUUUUUGUACUUCCUGAUAAUGAAUAGAGAAAAAAUUCUGGCCCCUUGUAUUUCUACUGAACUUGGAAGAUGGAGAUGCCUUAGGGAUAUUAUUUGAAUAAAUUUAAUGCAUUUUUGUUCUGUGUAUUUACAGAUGGGGCGUGAGUGGGUUUGGUUGGAUUCUGAACAAGACUAUCCCAAUGACUCUGAGUUGAGCAACGACUGCAGGUCCCUCUUCAGUUCAUGGGACUCCAGUCUGGAUCUUGAUGUGGGCAGCUGGAGGGAAACUGAAGAUCCAGAGGCUGAGGAACUAGAGGAAAGCAGCCCAGGGAGAGAAACUAGUGAGCUGCUUGUGGGAGAUGCAGGCAGUGAAGAAUCUCAGGAAGAGGCAGAGCAAGUCAACUGCCAGAACCUCCUCCAUUUUCUUUCUGAGGUUGCUUAUUUAAUGGAGCCAUUGUGCAUUAGCAGCAAAGACUCAAGUGAAGGCUGCUAUCCUCCAUCUGGUACCAAACAACAAGAGGGAAGGGAAAUUGAAGCCACUGAAGGAGAAGGGAAUCCCUGCAGAGAAACUGAAGAGCCUUUAGCCAAGGUAGAACCUUUAAUAGCUGAAAAAAGGCUGCAGGGAGAAAAUGGAAAGCCUGAGGUGGUUCCUGUUCCCUCAGAUAUUAGUGCGAUUCAGGGACUACCCACAGAGAGUGAAGAGGGUGAGGUUCAGCUAGAAUCCAAAGAGGAGGAUCAAGGUGAAGGGUAUGCUUCAGAGAUGGAAGACCAGCCCCCUUCAGGAGACUGUGAUGAUGGCUUCAGCAUUCAGGAAACUCCCCUUGUGGAUAUCCUCCUCAGUCAUGCAAACUCCUCCAAACUGACUGAUCUAAGUCAAGGUGACCCUGUUCAGGAUCAUUUGCUAUUUAAAAAAACUCUUUUGCCAGUCUGGAAGAUGAUUGCCAGUCACAGGUUCAGCAGUCCAUUUUUGAAGCCUGUGUCAGAAAGGCAGGCCCCAGGAUACAAGGAUGUGGUGAAAAGACCCAUGGACUUAACUAGCCUGAAGAGGAAUCUGUCUAAGGGGCGGAUUCAUACCAUGGCCCAAUUCCAGCGGGAUCUGAUGCUGAUGUUCCAAAAUGCUGUGAUGUACAAUGACUCUGAUCAUCAUGUAUAUCAUAUGGCUGUGGAGAUGCAGCGUGAAGUCUUGGAACAAAUUCAGGUGCUGAGUAUUUGGUUAGACAAGAGAAGAGACUUAAGUAAUCUGGAAUGAGUGCCAGCCAACCCAGUGGAUGAUGGAAAUCUGUUUUGUUAACCUGGAGCUGCUACCCUGACCCUUUCUGGAGUUUGGACCUCUCUUUGAGACUCUGACCAGAGAUCUCAGGGCUUGUUUUCCACUUCUCUGUUGUCUUUUCUAAUAAGAGUAAUGCUUUUAUCUAACAACCAUGGAGUCCACACUGUCUUUGGGUCUAAUAUUUUUAAAAGGGGGGGGGGGGUGUUGAGAUUUGGAUUUAUGCCAUAAAUGU